GUCCAAUCGAAGCGGUUCAUGUUCAUCGAUCCACGCCCCUACUUCUCUAACGUUUGUUGCAUUCUCCUCAUUCUUCCGAGUUCCGUCUCCAAACUUCACUCAGCGGAGACAGAUCUGAGAACACCUCGCAUCCGGCCGCCGUCGGAUCUUCCCGUCGAUGAGAUUUCUUCAAUCAUCUUGUGAAUCGUGAAGGAAUUUGGUGUUGGGGACUCAGAUCUGAGCUGUAAGAAGAAAGAGCAUAAAGGAACAGUGCCAAUGGGAUUCUUUUCGACCUCGAGGAUGUCUUUCUCAUUCUUUACAUUGGCUUUUCUGGCUGUGUUUCUGUUGUGUGGCUCUGGUAAUGCAUUUUAUCUCCCUGGUAGUUAUAUGCACACUUACUCGCCACGGGAGACCAUAUAUGUCAAAGUUAAUUCACUCACCUCCAUUGAGACUGAGCUCCCGUUUAGCUACUACAGCCUUCCAUAUUGCCUUCCACAAAAUGGAAUAAAAAAGAGUGCAGAGAAUUUGGGUGAGCUUCUCAUGGGUGACCAGAUUGAUAACUCUCCGUACCGAUUCCGUAUUAAUGUCAAUGAAUCACUUUACUUGUGCACCACAAAGUCAUUGAAUGAGCAAGAGGCCAAACUUUUGAAACAGAGGACACGUGAUCUCUACCAAGUGAACAUGAUACUUGACAAUCUUCCUGUGAGAAGGUUCACUGAGACGAACGGUAUUGUCAUUCAAUGGACUGGAUUUCCUGUUGGGUAUACUCCAACAGGAAGCUCUGAAGACUACAUCAUCAACCACUUGAAGUUUAAGGUGUUGGUUCAUGAGUAUGAAGGGCGUGGUGCAGUUAUGACCACGGGAGAAGAGGGGAUCGGAAUGAUAGCAGAAACUGAUGAUAAGAAAAAUGGAUAUGAGAUUGUUGGAUUUGAAGUGAUUCCCUGCAGCGUGAAGCGUGAUCCGGAGGCAAUGCUGAAACUGAACAUGUACGAUAAGGUUGAGCCUGUGAACUGUCCAUUGGAGCUGGACAAGUCUCAGACCAUUCGGGAGCAGGAGAAGAUCUCUUUUACCUAUGAAGUUGUAUUUGUUAAAAGUGACAUCAGAUGGCCAUCAAGGUGGGAUGCAUAUCUGAGGAUGGAGGGUGCAAAGGUUCAUUGGUUCUCAAUUAUGAACUCUUUGAUGGUUAUCUUCUUUUUGGCUGGAAUCGUCUUUGUAAUUUUCUUGAGAACAGUUCGGAGGGACUUAACCAGGUAUGAAGAGCUGGACAAAGAAGCCCAAGCUCAGAUGAAUGAGGAGCUUUCUGGCUGGAAACUUGUUGUGGGUGAUGUGUUUAGAGAGCCAACAUGCUCAAAGCUUCUCUGUGUCAUGAUUGGAGAUGGCGUACAAAUUACAGGUAUGGCAGUUGUAACAAUUGUUUUUGCUGCUCUUGGAUUCAUGUCUCCUGCCUCGCGUGGAAUGCUAUUGACCGGGAUGAUAAUUCUCUAUCUUUUCCUCGGCAUUGUUGCUGGAUAUGUUGGUGUCCGAUUGUGGAGGACCAUCAAAGGAGGAUCCGAAGGCUGGCGAUCACUUUGCUGGUCAAUCGCUUGUUUCUUCCCAGGAAUUGUCUUUGUGGUUCUAACUGUAUUAAACUUCAUCCUUUGGGGAAGCAAGAGUACUGGAGCUAUCCCUAUCUCACUGUAUUUCACUCUACUCUCCUUGUGGUUCUGCAUCUCAGUGCCAAUGACUCUGGUAGGUGGUUUUAUGGGCACCCGAUCUGAGGAAAUACAAUUUCCUGUUAGAACCAACCAAAUUCCUAGAGAAAUUCCUGCUCGGAAAUACCCUUCAUGGCUUCUCAUCCUUGGUUCUGGGACUCUGCCUUUUGGGACCCUCUUCAUUGAGCUCUUCUUCAUCCUAUCAAGCAUUUGGCUGGGGAGGUUCUACUAUGUGUUUGGUUUCCUCCUCGUGGUUCUCAUUCUGCUAGUGACUGUCUGUGCUGAAGUAUCAGUUGUCCUGACUUACAUGCACCUCUGUGUGGAGGACUGGAGGUGGUGGUGGAAGUCUUUCUUUGCUUCUGGAUCUGUUGCCCUCUAUGUUUUCCUCUACUCCAUCAAUUAUUUGGUAUUUGACCUCAGGAGCUUGAGUGGCCCUGUUUCAGCUAUCCUUUAUCUUGGAUAUUCGCUUAUAAUGUCGGUCGCAAUCAUGUUGUCCACUGGCACCAUUGGCUUUCUGGUGUCAUUCUAUUUUGUUCAUUACCUCUUCUCCUCUGUCAAGAUCGAUUAGCACUGCUCCGGAAAGCCACCGACCACAACCAUUGUUCCGCAAGAUGUUUGCUUCUGAGUUCCAUAAGUCGCCCGCUUGGUGAACUGGCGCUGUAAUGUCAUAAUCUUGAGGGGUUUCAUUGUGCUGCAUCUUAGAUUACUAGUUUCCUUUUGUUAUCUUUCAAAAGCUUUAUUUGAGUUUCCUCGAUAAAUUUGUUUCAGGGAGAUCGACUGUAAAUGUGAUCUCUUGGGUCAUAGUAGAAAUUGAAUUGAGUCAAAAGGAUAACUAUGUUAUGCGAGUUGCUCAAGUCAUGUACUCCUCUUCUUCU